AUGCCCGGCGCUUCCACCGAGCAAAGCCGCGAGGCCGUGGGCCUCUGGGACAUUAACGCAGAGUUCUGGAACCAAGCGGUCGGCCUAGAGGGCAACAAGUACUGGAAGAGGCUCCAGCAGCCGUCUCUCACGCGGCUUCUCGCACCACAACUAGGAGCCCCGAGCACACCGCGGCGCGCCUUGGAUCUCGCCUGUGGCAACGGUCUCUGCGCGCGAUGGCUGGCGAGUCACGGAGAAACAGUCGUGGGGGAGGUCUGGGCGACCGAUGGCAGCCAGGCCAUGGUCGAGCAGGCUAGAUCGUACGGCACGGCCAACGGCCGCAUCUCGUUCGAAAAGGUGGACGUCACCAUCUCUGAUGACUUCGCUCAGCUUCGCGAGAAAGCAGCGGGUGGUUUCGAUAUAGUACUUAUGAACAUGGCGCUGAUGGACGUGGCCGAGCUGGAGCCCCUCGCAACCGCUUUACCCACGAUCUUGAACGAGGAUGGCGUAUUCCAUGCGCUCUUUGUUCGCUCACUGCGUUUCGAACAAAGCUUCGUCGCUACACUGCUUCACCCCGUCUUCAUGACAUCUUUGUACGCGCGCAGCAUCCAGUACACCAUCUCGUCCGAGACGGGAAAGCAGGACAUGGUUCGGGGCAAGACCAUUUUCAGAUACCUCAGUGCAGAGCCGUCCAAGCAGCUCAUUACAUCAGAGCAGGAAAUUCCUCCGCUGCUCUUUCAUCGACCCAUUCACGAGCUCCUGGCGCCAUUCUUCAAGGCAGGGCUCGUCAUGGAUGCCCUGGAGGAGCCCAACUUCACCGAAGAAGAUGCCAUUGCUGAUAGGCCUGAAGCUACGUCUAACUUUGUAGAGCUGCCGGCACUGAUGGCUUUCCGCCUCCGACGAUUUGGGUAG